UCUUGUUCUAAAGCUUGGCCCAUUUCUCUCUCUCUCUCUCUCUCGCUCUCGCGCUCGCUCUCGCUCAUCGGCGGCGCCGAUCCAGGACUUCGGAGAUUAAUGUGGAUGUUUACGGAGGCAGGCUUUCAGUCUGUUUAGAAAUGAAUUAAUGGGCCGCCAAGAAAGUUUGGAGUUUUAUCUAAACCUCUCACGGAAAGAGCUUCAAGGUCUAUGCAAGGGGUCUAAUCUUCCUGCAAAUAGAAGUCAUGUACAAUUAGCAAAAUCUCUGGUUUCACAUUUUAAGAGGAAAAAUGGCAGCUCGAAACUCUCAAAGGACCAGGCAAGCAAUAACAAAGGAAAAAACAACAUUCCAAUAAAAAAUACCAAAGGGGUGAUUGAGAGCCAGAGUGCUUAUCCGGAGUCCAAUGAUUGGCGGCACUCAUCAGUUGGCAUUCAGAUUGACAGGAAUGGUGGCCUGGAAACUCAAAAUUCACAAAAGGUAUUUAAUUGCAACCCACAUUUCGUCCAUCCAUGCCCUUCCAGAAAUGAAAGAGCAGAAAACUAUAGUAGCUCUGCUUGUUUAUUGCCUUCAAUUGCCACCAAUGUCCAAGAUAUCACUGGAAUUAUUCAACCUGCUAUUGAGUGCUGUGAUUGGAACAGAAAUGAACCUCAGAAAGCCAUAAUGGUUGAUUGCGCCAAUGACAAAACUAGUAACUCAGCACCAGUUUCCUGUAAGCGUAAAAGAGUUUCUGAUUUCUCCAAAGACAGUGGAUUUGUGGCAUCUGUGGUUCCCACAAAAGCUGCUCCUUCCUUUGAAUUCUUCAUGACAUCUGAUGAGGGUAUUAACCUCCAUGUUGAUUUAAACUCAAGCCUAUCUGAUUGGGUUGGCCGCUUGAAGAAUGAUGUUUGCAUCUACCAGGAAUCUCAGCAUUGCAAAUCCAUGACUUUGGGUGAUCAUAUAAGGGAUUUGUUAGAUGCAGAGGACCCUAUGAAAGAUUCCUCAGGUAAGGUGGGGAAGGACUGUCAGAGUGGUGCGGCGGAGAAAAAUAAUGGAUGCACCAAUUCUUCCUCGAGUUCUGUUGUUAGUGAGAACUGCCAUGCUGAAGCCUAUCUGACAGAUAUAACCAUCAUAACCUCAGGAUGUUUAGCAGGCAAUCAAAUGGUUGGUGCUUCAUGUACAACUCAUUCUGAUAUCCUCAACAAUGUGUCAGUUAGCAUUCCAUCUUGUGCAAGGGACAAAGAUCUGAUGCUUCAGGAAUCUAUGGAGGUAGCCUGUAGCAUGCUGAAGAGCAAUAAAUCAGUGAUUGAUGCUUCUGUUAAACCUGCUGAAAUGACAGAUAUUUUGAAUCCUGAUGGUAGAAAAAUCUCGAAUGCCGUGGAGCACAAGAAGGUGAACAUUCUUAGUGUUGGUUCUGAUAAUGCAAAAGUUAAUCGUCUAGAUAAGGAAGUAGUUGCUGUUUGUGAGAAACAGAGUCCAUCAAAGUGCAAUGCACUUCAAGAUAACCUUGAUGUGUCUUCCUCUGGCAAUCUGAAACAUAGUGGUGGAGGAUCUCAGGUAUCUGCUGAUGGAGUUCGAGCAGGAGGACUGUCUGAAGCUUUAGACUCUAACAAGAGUUCGUCAGAAUCAGAUUGUUGUCAGAUUAAUCAACCAUUAUUAGACCUUCCGAUGACUGAUGCUCAAUCAGAUGUUGGGUCAUCUGACAAUAUGCUCAACGGCCAUCCAUGUUGUAGUCUUGGACCUUCUGCUACUGAGGUUCCAGUGUCAGCUGUGGAUGAUGAAUUGGAUAGGAGCAUUGAGGGGAGGGAAAAAGAGAGCUCGGAAUGCUCACAAUUUCCUGGCUUCGUAGUUGAGAAUGGCAAGAAACCUCACAGUUCAAAGACAACAGAGGAAUUCCAGAGUAAGAAACAACACUCUAAUGGUGAAAGUAAGAGUGGCGCUGUUAUGAAUUUAAGAAGCACAGAAACUAUAUGUGAUUCAGUUCUUCCCAGGAGAUCUUCAAGACUUGUGUCUAAGGUUUAAUCUGAUGAUUCUGUUUCUGACCACUGAGAGUGCAAUUAGUCAAAGCUUAUUACUUACAUUUGCGAAAAUAAUUAAAAAGGAAAAAAAGAAAAAAAAAACUGAAGAUGAGUUACUCUUACCGGAGACUAUAAUUAUUUCACAGCAGAAGCAGAGGCAAUUUGUACAAGCACACUCAACAUUGCCCUUCCCCUUGUUGAAGCUGACUGAAAGGGUGGAAUGUAUGUUUUGGGUAUUAUAAAUGUCAUAAUUCUUCAUUCUCCAUUGGUUAAGAGGGG